UCACAUCCGCCUGCUGCUAGCUUCUCGUAACAGACACAAUACUGCACAAACGCUAUCGUAUCAACAUAAUAGCAUUACGCACUAGAGUUUGUAAUAUAUUUACCGAAAAAUGGGGAAGAAACAUAAAAAACACAAGCCGGAGUGGAGAACAGUUGACGACUAUGAGGACAAGGCUCUGGAAAAGCCACUGAAACUUGUGCUCAAAGUUGGAGGAAGUGAGGUGACGGAGCUCUCUGGGUCAGGUCAUGACUCCAGCUACUAUGAUGACAGAUCUGACCAUGAACGAGAACGACACAAGGAGAAAAAAAAGAAGAAGAAGAAAAAGUCUGAAAAGGAUAAAGACAAGUAUGUGGAUGAUGAGGAAAGAAGACGUCGCAAGGAGGAAAAGAGGAAAAAGAGAGAGCGAGAGCAAAAUGAAUCAGAGGCUGCUGCUGCCAGUGGUGGAGUGCCAGUUGAACCUUUCACACUGACAAAAACUAUAACUAUUGGAUUAGAACCUGAAGAGAAGAAAAAGAAGAAAGAGAGGUUUGAGAUAGAGCCUGAAGUGGAGGAGUUUCACCCUAGCAUAAAGGUGGAAGUAGAACAGCAGGGGGACCGGCCAGUCAGAGCAUGCAGGACACAACAAGAAAAUGAGUCCACUCCACGUCAACAGCUGCUUGAGCACUUCUUGCGACAGUUGCAAAGGAAAGACCCCCAUGGAUUUUUUGCGUUUCCAGUAACAGAUGCAAUUGCUCCUGGUUACUCAAUGAUCAUCAAACAUCCUAUGGAUUUCAGCACCAUGAAAGACAGGAUUAGAAACAAUGAGUACAACACAGUAACUGAAUUUAAGGCAGACUUUAAACUCAUGUGUGACAAUGCCAUGGUGUACAACCGACCAGAGACUGUCUAUUACAAGGCUGCCAAGAAACUGCUUCAUACGGGAUUCAAGAUGAUGAGCAAGGAACGAUUGUUGGCUCUGAAGCGGAGCAUGUCUUUCAUGCAGGACAUGGAUUUCACGCAGCAGGCUGCCAUUUUGGGAGAUGAAGACCUUACAGCUGAUAUACCUCCUCCAGAGAUGAUCACUGUGCCUGUGGAGUCAGCAAAGAAGUCCAGGAAACAACCAGUUAAAGAUAUGAAGGAAGUUAUCAGUUACUUAUAUGAACCAGAGGGAAAUGCUUGCAGCUUGACUGAUAGUACAGCAGAGGAGCACGUUCUGGCACUGGUCGAACAUUCUGCUGAUGAAGCCCGGGAUCGCAUCAAUCGAUACAUGCCUAGUUCUAAGAUUGGCUAUUUGCGCAAAGAGUCUGACAGUUCACUUCUAUACACCGUUGUAAAUCAGCUUGAUCCUGAUGCAGAAGAAGAGGAAACCCAUAAAGUGGACCUGACUUCACUGUCAAAUAAGCUUCUUCCUGGAUUAACAACACUGGGUUUCAAAGAUGAUCGAAGACAUAAAGUGACAUUCCUGAGCAGUGCCUACAAUGUUCAGAGCCUGCAGAAGAACUCAGUCUUUUCUGACUUGCUACCAGAUGAGAUGGACAUGCUGUACUCGGCUUACGGAGAUGACACAGGGGUACAAUGUGCUCUUAGCAUACAGGAGUUUGUCAAGGGCUGUGGAAGUGUCACCAAACGCUGGGUAGAUGGGCUUCUAGACAAAAUGACAGCAGGAGAUCACAGCAAAUCUGUAAAUCAAAUCCGACAGAAACGGAAUAUGAUGCUGAAACCAGACGAAAACAAGAGUAACAUUUGUGACAUGCAGAUGGGAGACAGCACAGGCCUGGGAGACAGUAGCUCAGUGCUUGACUUCAUGUCAAUGAAGAACUAUCCUGAUAUGUCUCUGGAUAUAUCCAUGUUGAACUCACUGGGUAAAACACUGAAGAAAGAACCAGGGAAUGAGGAGGGCCAGCAGCAUUUUGAAGAUGCAGACAAACUCCUGCAGGAGUUCCAGGAAGCUCAGGUGGACAGAGUCGGCUCCAGACCCUCAUCCAACCUGUCCUCCCUGUCCAACGCCUCAGAGAGGGACCAACACCACCUAGGGAGCCCGUCACACUUGGGUGUUGGAGACCAGUCUGAAAUGGUUCAUGAUCCCUAUGAGUUCCUGCAAUCUCCAGAGCCAGAGAGUUCAGCCAACAGCUGACCACACACACUGUUUUAGCACCCUGGUUUCAACAGCAGUAAAGACUUGAUGUUGGACUGCUUAAACACUGUGGAGACAUCAGCGUCUUCUGAUAUGAUUUAGGGACUGAAUAUGACUGUACAGAUGGAUUGUAGUUGAGUUAUGGUUUUUUAUGAGUGCAACACUUGAAAAUAAAUUCUCACAUUUGUAUAUAUACAU